AUGGGAUUUCUAUUUCCAGCUGCAUUAGCAAGUUUCUCAACAUUCCCACUCAUGAAUUCUUUGUCCCUCAUUUUACCUAUUCACGACUUCACUUAUAUCUCUCAGCAAUUCUCUGUUGGGAUUAUCAUCCUGAUUUUCAAUCAAUCCAACAAAAGGAGGAAGUUGAAGCAAUUUUGUUCCAGAAAGUUGGAUGCACCAAAUCUUAAGAAAGUUGUAGUAGAGAAUGAAGCCAUAUCUGUGGAUUUAAAGAAUUUUGCAAUAAUGGCAAUCCUAGAAAUUGUCAAUUCAAUCGUGGGAACAAUUGUAGGGAAGUGUGUCAAUCCAAUUUUGCGCCAAUUUCAGUACUUAAUUUUCUACAAAAGUAGCUUUCAAACUCUGAGCGAUGACGUCAGAAAACUUGAGCAAAAGGAAACUGAGGUGCAACAAGCGGUAGAUCGAGCAAAAGACAAUGCUGAAGAAAUUAAACCAACUGUUAUUGGUUGGCUGGAACGAGUUAAGGACUGGAACGAGUUGAGGAUGUAAAGAAAGAUGCACAUACUAUUUUUGUGGAUAUGGAGACAGCUAAGGUGAAUUGCUUUAAUAUUGUCAGGCUUCCGAAUUUGAAGUCAUGCUAUUUGCUAGGCCGACGUGCGGUGAAAAGAACGAGUGUUGUUGAAAAACUCUUAGGAGAGGGGUAAUUUGAUAAAGUUGGAUACCUUCCUUCAUUGGGAAAAAUGCUGUUAGGUGAAUUAAUUCCGUCCGUGGAAGAAGGCCUAGUUUCUAGGAUGUCAACAAAGAAGGAAGUGAUGGAAGCUGUAAAGCAGGAGAAAACUAGCCUAAUGGCGAUUUGUGGUAUGGGCGGCGUAGGCAAGACUACUGACGAGUUUUUUAUAUACGUACAAGUUAAAAAAUCUAAUUUACACCCAUUUCACUGCAAGUACACAUGUCAACUAGU